GCACCCUGGUUGGGAAACAUUGGUCUAGUCACAACUAUUGUAUCAAUAGUCCUUUGGCUUCUCCAGCAGUACAGCCUGGAAGCCUGACUCCUGUACAUGUGAUAAUCACAUGGUCAUGACGUCAUCAAAGGUCCUUUAGCCUCUAGGAGUUCUUAUAUACAAGAAGUAAAUGUUUGUGGUCUGCAUGGAGGUGCACAUGGCAGCUAUAUGUAAUGUGAAGACCCUGUCCUGCAGCUUUAUCUCAGUAAUUCAAUAUUAAACAGUAUAGAGACGACUCAAGCAUUAUAUAUAUAUAGGGAACUGACAGGUCUUUUAUCUCAGCUUCUCUCUGCAAAAGAACUACAAUUCCCAUAACUCCUUUCUGUGAACAGUCCAUAUUCCUGCUCAUGCUUCUAGUCUGGUGUGUGUCCUGGUAAGAGAAAUAGAAAUCCAGCACAGGAUGGAUGCAGUGAAUGAGUCCCUUUAUCUCAUACAAAUCAACGAUACAAGUGGUGCAUCAUAGUCCUGCACAUCAGUAUGACUAAGGGUGUAACACACCCAAUACAUGUGAUUCUACGAUACGCUAGAUUUCUCUUUCUCCUUCAAUGUCUACUUUGGGUGCUGCCCAGCACCAUCCGUGUUGUAGGGUAGACUACAUCUGGGUGAGCUUGCAGUUUGUCUUUUUAGUACUGCUCUAAAAUGGGCUUCAGUUGGUUUAGUGGAAAUAAAUCCCUUCUCUGUUAAUGCAUUUCCCACUUGCAGACAACAAGUGGUCCUCCGGAAGAAGCCUUACCUGUAUGAUAUUCUUAUAUCUUCUUAUGCCUCUGAAUAUGUAAUAACAGGUACUUUUAUUGCCUUUUUCACCAUAACAGAUGCACGUGAAGCCAGAAGGCUACCACGCGGGUUCUAUACCAUUACAUCUCCGUGAUCUUAUAGAUACCAUAUAUCUGUAAAUGGAAAAUCACCUAAAUAGGAUGCAAAGAUCUGUACAGAUGGCAACUAAGCAGUUUACCUUAUUUAAAGAUUGCAAAGUCUCACAAUCCGACAGUACUACAAUAGUAGAUAAUACUAGAGAGUAUUCAUCUGUAAUCAUUAAGGGGGAACCAGUGUCAUGUGAUGCAUGUAAUCCUACAGACCUUGUUAGUUUUACACUCAUAGAUCAUAAUGGACACGAUGCAUCUGUUUACUUGGAGGAACCAACCUCAAGUGAUAUUGAAGACCACAGGGACGAUGUCAUCUCUAUUCGUGUUAAGGAGGAGCAUGUUUUAUGUGAGGGAGGAAGCUUUAGUAACGCCAACAGUUGUGCACCCGCAGAUUAUGGACAACAAGAUGUCUCCCCUGACAUUAAGGAAGAAUCAGAUUCAUGUCAUGGUGAAAGUCUUAGGGACACUGAUCUUCAUAAUCCUUUAAAUUCUACAGAACAGGGACUGGCUGAAGUGAAAAAGGAACCAGUCUCCUGGGAGGCAGAAAAUAAUAUUUGUAAGUCAAUAGAUCAUAGACAAGAAUGUCUUCCAGUUAAGGAGGAAUCUGAUUUGAGUGGAGCAUUAACCACUGACAUUCAUUCAUCUACACGUCAAACACAAUGGGCAUUUUUUCACGAAAAGCAAGGACCUGACUUAUUCCGUGAACAGUAUACAAUGAAAGAACACUUGCGUGCCUCUAGUGACAGGACCGUUUUAUUCCAUUUUCAGAGGGAACAACUCAAGCAAGAGAACUCUGUUACUCCUCCCAUUAAAAGAAGUCAGAAAAAUGAAGAUUUCGAAUUUAUAUGUGUUGAAUGUGGAAGAAGUUUUAGUAAUAUUACAGAUCUGGGAAAACAUCAGCGACAUCAUGUUAAGCAGAAGAUAUUUCACAAUUAUGUGUCUGAAGACCUCCAACCUCCAAGACAAUAUGAAUGUCCAGAGUGUGGUAAAAGGUUCCACACAAAUUCCCAACUGCUUGUCCAUCAGAGAAGUCACACUGGAGAAAAGCCAUUCAGUUGUUCUUUUUGUGGAAAACGGUUCUCUGAGAAAGGGAAGUUAGUCCGGCAUGAAAGAACCCACACUGGUGAGAGGCCAUAUGCCUGUAAGGAGUGUGGUAGAAGGUUUGCUGAAAAAGCCAAGCUAGUCAGGCAUGAGAGAACUCACAAAGGGGAAAGAUGCCUAGAAUGCGGGAAACAUUUUCCAGAUGAUACCCAACUUGCUGUACAUCGACGGAUUCACCGAGGAGAGAAGCCUUUUGAGUGUUUGGAGUGUAGCAAGAGUUUUCAGAGCAGUAACCAACUCUUGGUGCAUCAAAGAAGCCACACGGGUGAAAAGCCUUUUGAGUGUAACCAAUGUGAGAAACGGUUUACUGAAAAAGGUAAACUAGUGAGGCACGAGAGGUCUCACACCGGAGAGAGGCCAUAUGAAUGUGCUCAAUGUGGCAAAUGUUUUGCAGAGAAAGGCAAGUUGUCCAGGCACCAAAACACUCACUUGGAUGAGAAACAAUUUCGAUGUACUGAAUGUGGUAAAGAUUUAAGCAAUAAGUUGUCGCUCACAAUUCAUCAAAGGAUACACACAGGUGAGAAGCCAUAUGUUUGUUCCCAUUGUGGUAAAUGCUAUACGUACAAAUCCUCUCUAACAAAACAUAACAACAUCCACUCGCAGGAGAAUCAGUAUACUUGUAUGGAAUGUGGACGACAUUUUAGUGAGAAGCGGAACUUAGAAAGGCAUUACCGGACUCACACAGGGGAGAGGGAGUUUAUUUGUUUAGAAUGUGGCAAACAUUACUGUGAUAAGUCAUCCCUCGUAGUCCAUCAGAGAAUUCACACUGGGGAGAAACCGUAUGUGUGUUCAUACUGUGGGAAAAGUUACAGUGACAAAUCUUCUCUAAGUAAACACGAGCGACGUCAUAAAGAGGAGAAAUUGUAGAAUGGUUUCUAGGAGAGGAGAACAUGAUCAAAUGGGAAGUGGAGAAGAAAGAAAACUUCAGGACUGGGCAGAGAGGCCAUAUCCAUACAACACAAAACAGAGUUUAUUAUACGAACAGUCAGUUCCCUGAAUAGGAUCAUCUCAUUUAUUCUUUGUUAAGGAUUAAAAAUACUGUUUAGUGGCACUUACGGACGGAUGGAUUAUGACAACUGCCUGCUGUCCACUUUUGUGGGUGACAUGUAAAAAAAACACAUCAUGGUUGACUUCAUGAAGUCUGAUGAAAUUCCAGUGUUAUAUUAUAUAUUAACAAAUAGAGGAUUCUUAGGGUUUUUAUUUGUCUGGCUUUUGAAAACUAGAUGUAAACUGAUGCAUGUAAAAGAGAUGUUUACACAUUAUUAUUGCUGCAAAAGGAUAACUCAAUGUGGCAUUAAAGGGGUACUCCAGUGAAAAACUUUUUUUUUUUUUUUUAAAUCAACUGGUGCCAGAAAGUUAA